AUGUCUGAAGGAAAGGUAGAUCGAUAUGGUUUUAUUAAAACUCAGAGGGAGAAAUCAGAAAAAGAGAUCGAAGAAGAAAAGAGAGAAAGCGCUGAAGAACCUGAAAAGGAAAUCCUGUGGUCAAAUUAUUUAAAAAAUUGGAAACGUGAAAUGAAAAAGUCUCGCGAUGAUAUUGCCGAGCUUAUUAAGCGCGGAAUACCUGAAACAAUGCGCGGAACUGUCUGGUCAAAAAUUUUAGAUAUCGAAUCUUUGCCUGCAGAUAUAAAUUACAAAGAUUUAUACCAAAAAGCUGAAGGACAAGAGUUCACUAUUACUAUAGAUAAAGAUUUAACGCGUAGUUUACCGCAAAUCAAGAGUUUCAGCCAGAAAGAAACAUUAGAAAGAUUAAAACACAUUCUUUAUGCAUACGGUCAAUAUGACCAUGAAUUAGGAUAUACACAGGGUGAGAAUUUCAUCGCUGGCUUAUUAAUUCACUACCAGGAAGAAGAAAUCGCAUUUAAGAGUUUUAUUCAAAUAAUGAACCAUCCUCGUUGUUUACACAGAUUCUACUUUACAGAGGGAUUUCCACGCUUAGAUAUCGCAAUUAAUAUCUUGAGAAUUCUCUUACAGAAAAAAUAUCCAAAAAUUUUGAAGAAAAUAGACAAUGAAAAUAUGCCAAUUUCCAUGUUUGCAACACAGUGGUUUAUGACCGCAUUCAUGGCUUUCAAUUGGGAUCCAGAAUUUCAGAUGAGAAUAUUCGAACGUUUCAUUUUCUACGGAACACGUGGCUUACUUGGAUUUGCACUCGUGAUCUUCUCAAGACAUAAAAAGAUGUUCCAUGAAGCCAAAAAUUUCGAAGAAAUGUUAUUAGUUUUACAACACCCAGACACGAGCGAGCAGAUGAGAGACUGGAGAUACGCUCUCAAGAAAUGGAAUAAGCUUUGGAUAAGAAAAGGUCAGUAUCAGAAAUUAUUGAAGGCUGUCGGAGCUCCGGCAGAAAAGAUGUGUUAA